UCUCCUGGCAGUGACCAAGGUCUCCUUCCAUCGCAUUUAUAAACUGGCUCUUCUGAUUCCACCCCCACCAGGAUUAUGUUGCAGGAAGAUAGAGGAAUGCAUGGAUUUUGUCCUUAGGUCUUCGUUGGACAGCUGCCCAACGUUGGACAACACCGCCCUAAGCGGGGAUCCAAGUCCCAGAAAACUAAACCUCCCAACUGCAUCAGGGAAACAGAAACUCUGCUGCAUUCAAGACUUGCAAAACAGUUCUGGUCCAGGCUUCCAGAUGUCUUCUGGGAUUAUGCAGCUCUCUCUUGGCAUCUGUCUCCUUGCCACAUGCAUAGCUUUAGGAGUGUCUUUGGAAUGUGAGGAGUGCUUUGGCAUGGGACUCGGAAUAAAUUGUCAUGGGAAUAUAAUAACAUGCUCUGCUAACAAAGACACGUGUGCCAUCAUCUCUGCAGAGAACAUGGGACAAAGUGGCAUCAUGAAGAUGUGCAUGUCAUCCGAAAACUGUGGCCAUGGCCUCACGUCUCUCAACAUGGGCAGCGCGGGAGUAGUCAGAACCAACAUUAUCUGCUGCAUUGGGAAUGAAUGCAAAAGGGACCCUGCCCCUUUGCCACCCAGAAACACCACUUUGAAUGGAAAGAAGUGCCCAGCUUGCUAUGCUGUGGGUUCUGAGUGCAAGGAUGAGAUCACUGAAUGCGUUGGAGAUGAAAACUUUUGCUAUGCGAUGUCUGGGACUACAUCCAUUGGAAAGGUUAAUACAACAGUCAGUUUGAAGGGCUGUGCAAAUGAGGCUUCCUGCUAUGAAAUAAAGAACAGUGAUGCCUCCCUAGCUGGGAUCGGUGUCAUUUCUGAAGUCCGAUGCACAGGUGGGGCAACAGCCAGCACUUCAGAAAUCUUUGGACUCCUCUACCCACUCCUUGCUGGAGUGCUGUUUAUGAAGUUCUUUGUUUAAUUCUUUCCACAACACUGCAUCUAUGUAUGCGGCUGUGUGUGUAUGUGUGUAUUAAGGAUGAAAAGCAUGCAUGUUCAAGAAGUGUGUUUCUCAAGUGUUGGGAAAUGGAUGAGGAGAAUCCUGGACUGAUGUGAAUCAUUGCAGGUCAAGGCUUAUUCUACAUAAAAUGUGCACCUGGUUAUUUGGCAGUAUAAUAUCCCAAUGACAUUUUUUUGUAUAGGAAACAUUUUACCUAUCAAAAAUAAUAUUUAUAUGAAGACAUACUAUUUUAUACAGAAGAAUUGUUAUUUCCUGAAUUGAAAUUUUUGGGUUUUCUGCACACAACCUCCCUCCAAAACAUGAAUAUUGUGUUGCAAAUAGCCUUCGGAAAUUGGACAGUUCACGAGAAUUUCUUGCGACGGGAAGAAAAUUGCUAACAUUACUCAUCAUUUCCUUUGAGAAUGAAUGCAGUAAAGAAUUACAUCCUGUGUGUGUAUGUGCAUACAUUCAUACUUGCUUUGUACUGUUAUUAGGUAUACAGGACUAUUAUCAAGCUUUCUGUAAAACAUUUAUCCUACCAUUACGUAGGACUUACUACUUAUAUUUUUCAUGCUGCUCCCUAGAGGUGUUUAUUGUGAAGACACAAACCUAGCUCCAAAAAUGAAACGUAGCUGUCAAAAGAACAUCAAGCAUCAGAAGUAAUGAAAUUUUGGGGAGGAGGGGUAGAGAAGAAAAAGAAGAACGCAGAAGAUGCAUACUUUCAUUUUUAGGAUUUGUCACAUGCCAUAGAUUUCCAAAAGGAGAAAUGAAGGUAGAUCUCACUGUAAUAGUGUCAUUCUUGCUGUUUUAGAUAACACUGGCUGGAAUCCGAUUGUUGAAUAACACAUCCAUUGUUGAAUAGUGAGCCAACGUAUAGGGAAAUCCUGCUGAUUCAAUGGCUCUAGUUUAGCCAUAGGAUGUAGGCCAUCAUGCUUAGAUCAGUACCGUGUUUUAUUUUCCAGUUAGAUAAUCUAGGUUGCAUCUACACUGCAGAAAUAAUGCAGUUUGACACCGCUUUAACUGCCAUGGCUCCAUUCUAUAGAAUCCUGGGAAUUGUAGUUUGUUGCGGCACCAGAAGUCGCCAACAGAGAAGGUGAAAUAUAACACAAAACUACAGAUCCUAGAAUUCCAUUGCAUUGAGCCAUGGCAGUUAAAGUGGUGUCAAACUGCAUUAUUCCUGCAGUGCAAAAGCAGCCCCAGUUAUAUGUAUGUGAAAUGUGUCUUCCCUUCAAAUAACCACCACAGAGUCCAGCAAUGGGGUAUUGGCAGCUACUUCUCUGAAGUGGGAUGGAGGGCUACUUCCAACCUUAUCCUUCCUCAGGCUUCACUUAGGACCACCAUCCUCCUGAAGGGCAUUUAAACCCAAGAAGUGCGUGAAUGAUGUUGGAUGCUUUCAGUCCUUCAUGAAAAUAUCAUCACAUUUCCAUGAUAUAUUUCUACUCUUUCUCUGUUUUCUGUUUUUCUUUCUCCUUUUAUUUACCUGACAUGGCACUUCAGUGUGAUAAAUAUGCUGAAGAAUCUAAGCUAGACUCAAUUAUACAGGUUUGCGACGAAAAAUCAUUUUUCAACAUUGUAGCCAUUUUAAUGGAUUGUGGGGUGCUGAAUUUGAAAAAAACAAAUAAAAAUGACAUGCCACAUA